AGCGAGCGUUGACGGAAAGCUUCUCUCCGUCCUCAUUCCCUCCCUUUCUCCCUGUAAAAACGAAUCCCUAAUCUUCUCUUCGUACCCACUGAACUCUGCAUACUCUGGUUUAGAAAUCGCCUUCUCAAAGCUAGUUUCCUGCCGGUUAUCGGAAGAGAGCGGAAACGUGUAGCCGAACCCUACGAAUUCAUCUGAGUCUAGGCUUUCGAUGAUCUUUUAUGAAGUUUGAAAGCUAUUUAGAUAUUUUUCCUUUGGUUUCCUCUCACAGUAUAUAUCCUAGCGAUCCCAAUCGCUUCGUUCAACUUGCGUCCUCAUGGAUACUAUGCGGGGAAAGAAGGAGGAGGAGUUGAAGAAGCUCGAUGAAAAGAUUGCAGAUGCUGAAGAAAACAUGGGUGAAAGUGAAGUUAGAGAAGCCCAUUUGGCCAAAUCCUUGUUCUACAUCCGUAUUGGGGACAAGGAGAAGGCACUGGAACAACUAAAAGUGACAGAAACCAAGACUGUCGCAGUUGGACAAAAGAUGGAUUUGGUGUUCCACACGUUGCAACUUGGCUUUUCCUACAAGGACUUUGAUCUCAUUUCUAAGAGUAUUGAGAAGGCGAAGAGCUUGUUUGAGGAGGGUGGUGACUGGGAGAGGAAAAAUCGUCUCAAGGUGUAUGAAGGCCUGAUUUGCAUGUCUACUCGGAACUUUGAGAAGGCAGCUAACUUGUUCUUGGAUUCUGUUUCAACCCUCACCUCAUAUGAAAUUCUCCCCUAUGACACUUUCAUAUUCUACAACGUUGUAACUAGCAUCAUAGCCUUGGAUAGAGUGUCCCUGAAGCAGAAGGUGGUGGAUGCACCCCCCGGCAACGGCGCCAAAAACUUGACACGCCAAAACACAACACCAAUCUGCGACCAAGUGUAAUCGCAGACCGGGAAUGCAGUAACAGGCAAGUUAUAUUAUCAACCCGGGCUCUAGAUCUACUGCUUACUCAGUGAUUCUCUGUUAUCUAGCCAACUAGAGUAAGUGAUUGUUGUUUAAACUAAAAGCAGAAAUAAAGCAGGAAAUUAAUCGGUUUUCUUAAGCAGGAAAGAGUCACUCGGGAAUGAAUCCCCCUAGCUCUUUAGUUAGGUUUCAAUUGCAAUUUACCCUGGGUUGAUUUACUGUUGAUUAGACUGCGGAAGAUCCGGCAGUAGCUUGGAAUCUCUUAAGCUGACCAAGCCCUCUCAGUCUAACUACCCGGCAGACGACUAGUCUUCACUGGGAUAGAAAGCUGAAGCAGUGAGAACAGAAAUUCACUACUGGAAUUAGAUUCCAGUACAGAGCAGUAAACUGGCUAACUCUCGUAUAACCAGUCUCCUACUAUCGAAUGAUGAGACUCUAGCAACCUAAUUAGAUUCUAUCUAUCUCAGAUUGCAGCAGGAAUCAGGAAAAGUUGAUCAGACUUCAAUUGACUCAAUAAACAUGCAUCAUUCGAUUAUAAUCAAACAGUAAUAUCAUCCCAAGUCAUUGCAAUCAAUCCCCUAACACAUAGAACUAGGGUUCUUCAUCCCCAAGUGAGAGAGAGGUUCUACUCCAUAGAGAGAGAAAAGAAAACAGUAAUCGGAGUAGUCAUACUCAUAAUGAUGAGGAUAAUCUGCUCCGGGAUGAUGAUUUCCACUCCUAGGACGAUCUCCAAGCUUGAUUUGAUGAAACCCAGCUCCAAGAUGGCUUCUAGGGUGAGUUCUUCGCACUUUCUCUCUCUAAAACUCUGUUUUUGCUCCAGAAAUUCGAUCCUCCUCCUUUUUGCUCGGAAUAGGCUCUAAAACCAGAUUUCCCGACUCGCACGGCCAGGGUGCACGGCCGUGCAUAUCACCAUUCUGGCCGUGCAACUCAAAACGCAGCGUGUCAUUUAGUCGAACUUCAGCCCUCUCGCACGGCCAGGGUGCACGGCCGUGCGAGCUUCAGGGGUUGCCCGUGCGUGUCCUCGGCAUAAGGCUCACGGCCAUAUUGCUCACGUGCACGGCCGUGCAGCCUCCCUGGUCUGCCCGUGCAGCUCCCCAAAAACCUCGCCAUUCGUCCGUUCUUCGUCCAAUCGACCCCAGACUCGCUCCUAAGCCUUCAUUCACGUACUAGGACCUGAAACAUCACAAACAAGCACAACCUAUCGUGAAAUCGGCCUAAAACACGAGAAUCAACACCUCGAACGGUGUAAGAAUGGGGGUAAAAACAUGUGUAAAUGACGGUCUAUCAAACUCCCCCACACUUAACCGUUUGCUUGUCCCCAAGCAAACCAAGUCAGACACUAGGUAAGCUUACACAUUUCAAUCAACCAACAUUGGGGACAAGUCAUAAAGGCACAGAACACGUGAAUCGCACUGGUUUUCAAACAUCAAUACAUGCACAACCUCAAUAACAACCUGGACAACCACCACAAAGGACAUUCGAGUGCAGCAAAUCGAGUAAAGGAAGAGUCUCCCU